GUCCACAGAUAGCAUAAUAUCUUGUGGCUUUAAUGUGCUUACAGCAAUUUUGACCUGUGGUGUGAUAUAUCUUCCUAUACAAAGAAAAGACUUGAACUUGAUCAGGUAUUUGCUUUUGACAUUUCCACUUUCAAUUCACUGAAUUAUCUUCUUUGUCCUUGGUGGGUUGUGUGUAAGCAAAACAGGUGCUGUGGGCUGACUGGUUAUUUUAAGCUUCGUCUCGUUUGAUACUUCUGCUUUUAGCAAUGGAGGCACUGAGAGACUUCAUUGUGAUGUUGUAAUGUUGUCAUGAUGGCACAAAAUGGAAAGUACAAUCUCAUUAGUGAUGAAUUCAACUGAGCAAAGGCUACUGUAAAUAAGCUACAUGCAACAUGCAGUAAUGAGUUACAUGAACAAACUUUGUGGCCACAAUAAUGAUUCUUUAAAAAAAAAAAAAAUUGAAUAUGAAAUGCUUGCACAUUCAGUAAGCUGCACGUUGAUCAACCAGAGUCACUCGCCACACAUUAACCAUCUGAUUUGUUUGGCCAAGUUGUCAUGAAUGUGUAACAGGACAGGGGCCUGCUUUGUGACAGCUGGCUCCUCAGCUGCUCUAUCUGCUUGGCCCCAGCAGUGUGUGGGCGUCUUGUUUCCCGAGUGUAGAACACGGCCUCCUCUGCUCAUGCUUUCUGCCUUUCUGCUCACGGUUAGCGCUAAAACAUUAGUGCAACUUGGGCCACAACUGGUCAUGUUUGUAAAGCGGUGGACGCGACCAGUAUUGAGGCCACUUUUUUUGUAUGUGCCGAACAACACACUAAACAGACCGCUUUCAGAAAGGUCAUAGGGAUGGUCCUCGCGUUGGACAUGCAUUUAACCCUCACUGUCUCAAAAUGGCCGCCAUGAAGAGGCAUUUUAGGUUAAUGGAUUACUCAAAGCAUUCAAUCUAACAUGGCUGACAAUGACCUAGCAAAAUUUCCUUGACCUUUUAAGUCCCAGUUUAAUCCUCUUCCUCUUUCAAAUUUUUGUUUUUAUACAACUCUUCAUUUCUUCUGUCCUUUGGUGUGGUUGGGAGAGGUUCCUUAUGUCAUCUACAUGACCUGGAGUACAUUUCAACUGCAGUUUCUUAUACAAUUUUUUUGUCGGAUGUUUAACAAAUCUUGCAGCAUUUUACAUGUGAAUAUAUCUUACAGGAGUGUGGCAAAAAGGUUGUUUGUGUAAUCUUCACCAGCUUUCUCAUUGACUGCCACUGAAAUGAGGGUCCUGCUCUCCUGUUUUUGUCCUUACACAUAUAACAGGCAAAAUAAAAAGAAAUUACGUCACAAAUGCCCACUUUAAAAAUAUGGACAAAAAUAUGGAAUAUGGAUGAAUACGUUUAUAGCAAUCCUGAAAGAUGGUUUCCACAUAUUGCAACCUGCACCUGUUGAGAGUUAAUUACUGACCUACAGACCUGUGGAUCCAAAGCAUGCACAUGAGCAGUCCACAACACUCACACAGCAUUCUGAGGAACUCAGUCAGGUGAUCAGAGGAUUAUGUACCAAAGUCCUUAGAAUACAGUGUGGUGUUUGAACGGAGUGAUAAUUUAGUUUGAUGGCUUAGGGAGCAAAGGCAUUGUUGUUGACACAGUAUGUGCAAGGAUAAAGAAAAACAAGGCAUCUGCUCCCAGUCGAUAUGUAAUGGCCUCAGAGGGAGUGCCUAUUCGUUUCUUCUCAGUGCUUGCUGAUCUGGUGGAGGCCUACUACAAGGAGAACAUGGGCCUGGUCACACGCUUACAGUUCCCUGUUCAAAAAGAGGAGGAACCGGAGGAAGAAUCAGAACAAGUCAGCCUGCCUCCUCAGCUGCCUCCCAGGAACUUCGCUAGCUCCACAUCUGUGAAUGAUACCAAAGAGGAUCCGCCCAAGGGGAGUGCGUUCACCCAUGCCUCCCUUUCUGAAGUCUUUCUCCAGCGGCUGCAACAUGUAGACAUGUCCAGUAUUCCCGAGGACCAUCAAAAAUCUAUUCUGGAGUACGUCCGUUACAAUAUUGCCGUAGACGCGGAGCAGGUGCAGAAUGGCAUCCCCACCAUGCCAAAUCUAAAAAAGCUUACCUAUAACAUCUGCAAAAAUCUGAACAGUGAAAUUAACCGCACACUGCCCACACUGGAGGCCUUUCAGAAGGUUCUUGAUCAGCCGAUGUCUCCUGGAGCCGGCAGACUGAGGAGUCAGGUCUCUGCUGAUCCAAGCCAGUCAGUGGCCUUUAAGCUUGAACAGUUAACCAAGUUACUGUACUCAAUAGAGGAUAAGACCAAAACUGCUGUGUUUGAGUCUCUUGGAUAUGAUGGAGGUCACAGGAACUCGCUCAUACCACCAGUCAUUUUUGAGGUCAAAUCAGAGGGCAUUUCAAUAGGCCUUUCAUACAAAAUGUACCUUAAAGUGGAUGUGGAGAGUGGAAAGUUGUUCCUCAAGAAAUCCAAGGACGGGCCAGAAGACAAGUACUUUGUGCACAAUAAAAUCUUGCAGCUGGUGAAGUCCCAGAAGAUGCACACUAAAUUGGUGAUAGUGCUGGAAACUGAAAAAGAGAAGACCUUGAGAAAGGAGUUUGUCUUUGAUGACUCUAAGAAAAGAGAGGGCUUCUGCCAACUUCUCCAACAGAUGAAGAACAAGCAUUCAGGCAAAGCAGAGCCAGACAUGAUCACCAUCUUCGCGGGCACCUGGAACAUGGGCAAUGCCAACCCACCACACAACAUCACAUCAUGGUUCCAGUCAAGGGGCCAGGGGAGGACACGGGACGACACAGCCAAUCAGAUCCCCCAUGACAUCUACGUCAUCGGCACGCAGGAGGACCCACUAGGGGAGAAGGAGUGGAUUGACCUAGUCAAGGGUGCACUGAGAGACAUCACCAACAUCAGCUUCAAGCAGGUAGCAACUCAGACUCUGUGGAACAUCAGAAUCAUAGUGCUGGCCAAGCCUGAGCAUGAGAACCGCAUCUCUCACAUCUUCUCAGAUAGUGUGAAGACGGGCAUCGCCAACGCUCUGGGAAACAAGGGUGCUGUUGGGGUUUCGUUCAUGUUCAACGGCACAUCUUUUGGUUUUGUCAACAGUCACUUGACCUCAGGCAGUGAGAAGAAGCUCAGGCGAAACCAAAACUACAUCAACAUCCUACGCUUCUUGAAUCUGGGUGAUAAGAAGCUCAAUCCGUUUGACAUCACUCAUCGCUUCACACAUCUUUUCUGGCUGGGUGAUCUGAAUUACCGCAUCGACCUGCCAUCUACCGAAGCGGAGACCAUUGUGGCCAAGAUCAAACAGCAGCAGUACCAGGAACUGCUCAGGAGCGACCAGCUCACCAUGGAACGUAACGAGCAGAGGGUCUUUUUACACUAUGAUGAGGAAGAAAUCACUUUUGCGCCCACAUAUCGCUUUGAGAGAGACACACGGGAGAAAUACGCCUAUACGAAGGCCAAAGCCACAGGGACAAAAUACAACCUCCCCUCCUGGUGUGACCGCGUGCUGCGGAAGUCCUACCCCUUAGUGCAUGUGGUGUGUCACUCAUAUGGGUGCACCAAUGACAUCAUGACCAGUGACCACUCACCGGUCUUUGCAACAUUUGAUGUUGGUGUGGCUUCACAGUUCAUCUCCAAAAAUGACCCCACCAAGGAUUCUCAAGGAGUGAUUAAGUUCAUGAACUGUGUAGCCACCCUCAUGACGAAAUCCAAGACCAAGUUCUUCAUUGAGUUUCAUUCCAGCUGUCUUGGAAAGUUUGUCAAGAGCCCAGAGGGAGAGAAUCAGGAGAAUGCAGAGGGCUCCAUCAGAGUGCGCUUUGGAAGCCAAGUGGAGCUCACUCCCAUCAUCGCGGAUCCAGAGUACCUGCUGGAUCAGCACAUCCUGUUCAGCAUUAAGGCCACAGACUGCGACGAGUCUUUCGGCGAGGGCUGUGUGGCGCUGCGUGCUGCCGAGAGUGCCUACACGGAGUUCCACGUCACACUCACCCACCACGGGGAACGCACAGGGGAUCUGUCCGGCGGCAUACAGGUCCAUACAUCAGAGGGCAAACAGACUGAGAAGCUGUAUGACUUUGUGAAGGUGGAGAGAGAUGACUCCGGGGCCCCUAAAGGCAAAGGGGAUUACAACAGGUCAAUGAUGAGCAGUGCGGACAUCAGCAACCCCAACUAUAUGGGGGUGGGCUACAAGAGCCAUGUUGACAAGGGCUGGAGCUACAACAUGCCUGAGAAGAAAUGCAACACCUACACCCAUGUCCCCAAGGAUGCGAGCGUCGGGAACAUCUCCCCAAAAAGAACGUCUCCCCACAGUGUGCGCAGCCCAACAGGGAAGGCCUCUGAGCCUGCCGGUAAAAGUGAGGAUGACAGGCCAGCCGAAAUGUUCGACAACCCCCUAUACGGUUCAAUGACCUCCCGUGGAAAAGACGCAGACGCCCCACGCAAGGACCACCUCUCCCCCCCGGAGGCCAUCUUCACCUUCCCCAAACCUUCCGAGGGUGGUGACUCGGACCGGAACCCGCCCCUGCCCUCGCCCCGUAACCGCUCCUACACCUACUCCGACACCAAACCGCAGACGUCCUCUGUCACUUCCACCGCGUCCACCCCCUCUGCCCCCAGCAGUGGCGGGGGAGGGGGCCUGCAGCCGCAGUCUUACACCAAGAAGCCCGUGGUGCCCUCACGCUCUGAAGGGGGCAUGGCCAGGCCUCCUCUGCCCACGAAGAGCCAGUCUAAGCCCAGGGACUAUAGGGACAGCUCUGAGCUGCCCAACAAACUGCGAGGUCCCAGCAGGCCCAGCCCUCCUAUCCCCAAAGAAGCACAUCAAGAGCCGCCCCCAGCGCAGAAAAUGGGACGGCCAAUGAAAUGACCCUACGCAUGUGUGCCACACGCUGUUCCUCGCUCCAUAUUGGAAUCAUGGACAAAAUGUGUUUCCAUGAGGACGAAGCACAAACCUAUGUAUCACUGUAUACGUGGCACUGCCACCGGAGUGUCCUGCGUUCAUCUUCAGUAAACGCCUGUUUUUAAGCUCCAGAUGUUGUGAUUGCACUUCCAAAACGUUGGGGCUGUAAACUCAUUAAGAGACAAGAUGUGUUAUUUGUUUUAACGUUGCAUUCAGCAUUCAGCUCUGUUAAAGUCUUAAAAUCACCUUCAUGUUGAACCGCCAAACCACUUCUCUGUAUGACUGAAACCAUGUUUCUUUGUGGAAGGAUGUGAAAAUAAAAGGAUUUAUUAUUAA